GUGACAACUGUUUGUUUUUGAUUGGUUGAAAAUUUUCACGAAAAUCCAUCUAGAUCUGAAGUUUCUCAGACACAGUAUCAUUGAAAAUUAAAUGAAGAUUGACCAAUAAAUUCAGUUAUUAACGUAGAACAAGAUGGCUCGAUUGACUGGCGAGGUGUGUGUUUUAAGUGCCUUAUUGGUGCUAGUGACUUCAGCGGUGAAUGUGUAUGCCGAGAGCGAAGACUUUAAUGAUAUCACCGUAGAGGUUGAGGAAGAGGACCAGUAUCGUAGUCCAUCCAUAGAUUCAAAAAGCAUUUACUUAGCAGAGCAUUUUGAUGAUGAGACUGCAUUUAAGAAAAAAUGGGUGAAAUCCGAGGCAAAGAAACAGGGUGUUGAUGAAAAUAUUGCUAAAUAUGAUGGUAAAUGGGAGAUCCAAGCGCCUUCGCGCAAGAUUCUGCGCGACGACCUGGGUCUUGUGUUGACGACAGAAGCGAAGCAUGCUGCCAUCUCUGCUCUCUUGGACAGGCCUUUCGAGUUCAAGGACAAACCACUUAUUGUGCAGUAUGAAGUUACCAUGCAGGAGGGCCAGAAUUGCGGCGGGGCCUACAUAAAGUUGCUCUCUCGCGGCGCGAACACGAAGGCGGACCUGCGCAAGUUCUUCGACCAGACGCCCUACACUAUCAUGUUCGGGCCCGACAAGUGCGGCAACGACAACAAGCUGCACUUCAUCUUCAGGCACAAGAACCCCAAGAACGGGACCAUUGAGGAGAAACACAGCAAGAAGCCUACCCAACGCCUAGAGGACAUCUACAAGGACAAGGAACCCCACCUGUACACGCUAGUUGUGCGACCCGACAACACGUUUAGCGUGUAUGUUGACCAUAAAGAAGUGAACGCCGGCUCGCUGCUCGAGGACUUUACGCCGCCCGUCAACCCGCCCCAGGAGAUCGAUGACCCUAAUGAUAAGAAGCCUGAGGACUGGGACGAGAGAGAGAAGAUCGUGGACCCGGCGGCCACGAAGCCGGACGACUGGGACGAGUCGGCGCCGGCGCAGAUCCCCGACCCCGCCGCCUCCAAGCCCGCCGGCUGGCUCGACGACCAGCCUGACAUGAUCCCCGAUCCGGAUGCGCAGAAGCCUUCGGACUGGGACGAGGACAUGGACGGCGAGUGGGAGGCGCCGCUCGUGGACAACCCGCUCUGCAGCGUCGGCUGCGGCGCCUGGAAGCCCCCUAUGAUCCCCAACCCCGACUACAAGGGCAUCUGGCGCGCGCCGCUGAUCCCGAACCCGCACUACAAGGGCAAGUGGGCGCCGCGCAAGAUCCCCAACCCCGACUACUUCCACGACGACACGCCCUUCCGCAUGACCCCCAUCCACGCGGUGGGCUUCGAGUUGUGGUCGAUGUCGCCGGCGCUGCUGUUCGACAACCUGCUGGUGGCGGACGACGAGGCCGCUGCCCGCGACUGGGCGCGCCAGACCUUCGACCUCAAGCGCGCCAAGCUCUCCCGGGACUCGGACUCGGCGGUGGAGCGCGCGCUGCAGUACCUGGCCGCCAACCCGUGGCUGUACGCCGUCCUCGUGGUGGUCGCCUUCCUCGUGGUCGCCACCGUCGCAUACUGCUGCUGCACCGACUCCAAGGGCUCGGAUGACUUGAAGAAGACUGACGGCGUGACGGAGGACGACCCGCAUGAGGACGCCCCCCAGCCGCGCCGCAAGACCGCGCUCGACGCCGACCCCGACCAACACCAAGAGCAGGAACAAGACCAACAACAGGAGCAAGAACAAGAGCCCGAACCAGAGGAAGUUGCUGAGACAACACCUCUAGUGGACACGGACGGCGCCGGCGACCACCAGCGGAAACGGAAACCGCGCAAGGAGUGAGCGAGACGGAGAAACACACUGACGGGUUGCAAACCGAAUCUUAUCGGUCAAUCAAAACCGGUUGUAUAUUUUGCCUCCUAAACAGGCUACUUAUUUGCUAUUUUUUUCAUAACCAGAAUAAAUUUUUGAUUACAUGUUUACAGUAUUAGGGCUGAUUUAGACGAUGCGAGAACUCACAUGCGAGUUUCAUUACAUUGCGGGUUUUGAUUAGUCGGUUGAAUAGGACGUAACCAACAGUCCGCAAUGUAACUGCAAAUGUGUAAUGUCUAAAUCGGCCCUUAGGGCCAAACCGAUAAGAGCCGACACAAAAAUAUUUCGUGGCAAUUAUAACCGGUUUUUCUCGACCACGUGUUUGCAAUCUCUAGUCCUGUUUAGUUCAAUGGUGGUAGGCAGUCGCUAGGAGGAAAAGGUCCAAAGUUAUUACUAGUUUUACGGUUAAACAGCUACCCUACACAUCCCCAUUUUAAUUAAAUAGGGUAAAACGUAUUGACGUGCCACUGUUUAAUAACUGGCCACCUUAUACUAAAAAUGAAUUCUAUUCACAUGUAAACAGAAUUCAUUUUAGUAUAAGGUGUCAAUAACUGGACACCGUUCAAUAACUAGCCACCUGAUACUAAAAUUAAUUCUGUUUAUAGGUAAAUAGAAUGUAUUUUUAGUAUAAGAGGGCCAGUCAGUUAUUAACAGUGGACAGUGAUUGACGAUUUACUAUAUUUUAUAGUAUUGUAUCUUUGUCGCAAAUUACCUAAUAUGCAUUUGAAAUAGUUAAAAAGUUAAACAAGGAAAACCGUUCUGUAAAAAUGGGCUAUAAAUAAUGGGGUUGGCAACUGUCAAAGAUUUUUAUAGAUGGCGCUACUAGCAUAGCAUAGGUUGGCCCUGUUCCUAGUUUUUAUCUUUGCGAUUUAGCUUGAAGGGCUCGCAUCCGUGUCAUCCGAAAAUAAAAUAACAAUAUGACACUUGGUCUAGGGAGGGCAUAGCCAGCCA